AUGGAGCAGCUGGACAACUGGAAACCAGUGUGCGAGCAGAUCCUUAUGGGGCCAGCUUUCAGCAGCUGUCAGAAUCUGCUGGACAUUGCCUCCUUCACUUCUGCCUGUGUUGCAGACCUUUGUCACUGUGGCAACAGUGAAGGUGAAAAGGCAGAUCCCCACUGCCUGUGCGAUACUGUGUCUGAAUUCUCCCGACAGUGUGUUCAUGCUGGUGGCAAACCACAGAAUUGGAGAACCGAAGAACUCUGCUGGAAAUCAUGUCAAUACCAAAUGGAGUACAAUGAGUGUGGGAGUCCCUGUGCUGAUACCUGCUCAAACCCAGACGCCAGCCUUACAUGUGACAGCCACUGUAUGGAUGGAUGCUUCUGCCCUGCAGGCAUGGUGUUUGAUGAUUUAAAUGAAAGGGGUUGCGUUCCACUGAGUGAAUGCUCGUGCAGCUACAACAGCAAGACCUAUGGACCUGGAGAGUCCUACUCCAGUAACUGCAAAAAAUGUGUGUGUAAGAGUGGUCAGUGGGAGUGUCAGGAGGAGGACUGUCCAGGAAUAUGCUCUGUGGAGGGAGGAGCUCACAUCAAGAGCUUUGAUGGCAAAUUCUACACCUUUCAUGGGGACUGCUCUUAUGUUCUGGCUAAGGACUGCAGUGGAACCCAGUUUGUCAUACAGGGAGAACUGGUACAAUGUGGCAAGACUGAGAGUGAAACAUGCCUCAAGUCUGUCACCUUGGGUUUGUCUGGAGGGGCUAAUGUUAUUACCAUCCAGCCCAAUGGCAAGGUUUAUGUGAAUGGCAUCUAUGCUGAGUUACCAUUUUCUGCCGCUGGGAUUUCGGCCUUCAGAGCCUCCUCUUACUAUCUGCUGGUGCAGACAUCUGUUGGUGCUCUGCUGGAGGUGCAGCUUGAGCCAGUCAUGCAGCUGUACAUCACAGUGACCAGCGACCACCAGGCCAACACCUGUGGUCUGUGUGGGAACUUCAACAGCAACCAAGCAGAUGACUUUCUUAAGCUGAGUGGUGUUACAGAUGCCACAGCAGCUGGUUUCGCCAACAGCUGGAAGACGCAUGCUGGUUGCCCUGAUGUUAAGAGCAGUUUUAAGAAUCCCUGCAGUCUCAGUGUGGAUAAUGAAAACUAUGCCCAGCACUGGUGCUCCAUGUUGACAGACCCACAGGGAGUGUUUGCCUCCUGUCAUUCUGAAAUCAGCCCUAACUCUUAUAAAGAGAACUGCAUGUAUGACAGCUGUAACUGUGAAAAAAGUGAGGACUUCAUGUGUGCUGCAGUCUCCUCCUACGUCCACGCCUGUGCAGCUGCAGGAAUACAGAUCAGUGACUGGAGGAAGGUCACUUGUGGAAAAUAUGCCAGUUCCUGUCCUAGCGGCAUGGUCUACUCCUACAACAUUACAUCCAGCAGUCGAACCUGCCGCUGCAUCGGCAGCACAGAUCUUAGCUGUCACUCCUUCCCACCCAUCGAUGGCUGUAUCUGUGCCGAAGGAACCUUUAUGGAUGACUCUGGGAAGUGUGUUCCAUCUGAGGCUUGUCCCUGCUAUGAUGAAGGCUCAGCAGUUCCUGCUGGUCAGGUCAUCACCAAGGAAGGGGUCAUGUGUGUUGUGUAA